ACACGUAGACAGUGACCUACCUAUUCCUUCAUUGAGCAAGGCCUACGAGAACAGGAGAACAGGAGGAGCUCUAGGAAAAAGUACCGGAAAUCAUGCGGGGAAAGACGCAGACAUAAUUGGAGCUUCGAGUUUCUUUUGCCCUCCAUGUAAGCCGAGGCUUACCUGCUGUCGACGUUGUGGCCUGAAAUGUGGAUUCUUUCUAGAUCUCGUUGACUCGUGCGCUCCUGUAUCUUCGGCAACUGCGCCCAUCUCUCAGCCACGAAGUGCUGGACUCUCGAGUUUUGACUCUCUUGCGACAUUCAUGAAAUGGACGUUAUCCAACAGGCGAUUUUCACUCCGCAUAUCGUGGAUGGAAUGCCCAGAUACAACAGCUGGGAUCAAGGAACAUGGCAACGAAGUCCGAUUGAUUCUUUGCCGACGUUUCUAUAAAGUCGAACUCCGACAACACUGCAGAGAACUCAGUCGCUCCACGUUCCUGUAGCAUGCGAUAAACCUCUCCAGUGCUCGAUAUCAAUGGUACGUAUCAAAACCUGCAUCCUUUCAUGGGAACAUGAUUUACGUAUUCAUGUGGUCGAUUGUGUGCUGCAGCAACAACGUUAGUUUCCUGUGCACAGAAUUCAGCUGAUUUGGAAGUGUUGCCCGACAUCGUUGUGUGUGAGCAAUCGGGACCAGUUGAGAUGGACAGCAAUGGCCAGCAAGCACAGCCGCAGAUUGUGUCUGAGUUGUGCGAGUUCCUGAACUGCGAAUAGUUGCUUUGAUAAUUUGGUCUCAGAAGUUGGUUCGGGAUGCACUCUUCCAAUCGAUGAGCCUUUACUCCAGAACCAGAAGGGUAUGGAGAACGGCUCUGCUCCUCUAAGGGAACAAGAUUCACUGGGUGGAGAUACGCCUCCUGCGCAGACGGAAAUCGAAGAUGGAUAUCGAGUCAUGGAUCUCAGAGGACGUCCAGUUGAUUUUACGAAAACGGGAGCAUGGAAGUCAGCGCCACACGUGUACGCCAUGAAUUUCGCCGAUUUUCAAGCGUCGAUCAUGGUGAUCAUCAACUGCGUCCCGUACCUCGUUGAUCGCACGCACAUGCGCAUCACGGAUGCCGCCACGGCCAGUAAUGUGCUCUCAGGCACCGGCUACAUCCUCACAGUGCUCGGAGGAUUCGUGGCCGACAGCUAUUUGGGUGCGUACUGGACCAUCACAGCGGGCGCUGCGAUAUUUGCCACGGGACUGGGGCUGCUGACGUUCACGGUUUCAUACUCAGGCUUGCAACCUCCAGAAUGCACACCGUCAGCGACGGUGGAGUGCAGUCCAGCAGGAGCCAAGUUCAUGGCUCCGGUGUAUCUAGCAUUUUACAUUAUUGCCGUGGGAAUAGGAGCAAUGCGAGCCAACAUUGCAUCGUUUGGUGCGGACCAGUUCGACGAUAACUCCAAAUUGGAGAAGAAGCAGAGCAUUCACUACUACGUCUGGUUCUACUUCACCACGAAUAUGGGAUUUCUGUUGACCUUCGUGUUCGGCGUGUAUCUCGUGGAGAACGUGAGCUUCGGCUGGGGCUAUGGUUUCAGCCUCAUGGUCUUCAGCCUAUGCGCUUGCUAUUUCCUCCUCGGCACUCCCAAGUACAGACACAAAGCUCCGGCCGGAAGCUUCCUCACCCGUGUCGCGCAAGUCGUUGUGGCUGCUUUCCGUAAUCUCAAAGUCGAUGCCCCGGACGAUCCGUCGCUGCUGUUCGAUUCUUAUCUUCCCGGCAGCAGAAAGCUCGCUCAUACGGACAAAUUGAGGUUUCUGGACAAGGCGGCAGUGGUGCAGAAGGGGGCGGCCGACACGAAGGACCGAUGGCGAGUGUGCGGCGUGACGCAGGUGGAGGAGACGAAGCGCAUUCUGCAGAUGUUGCCGAUUUGGGCGACGACGUGCUGCGUGUCGCUCGUCUUCUCGCAGCUAGUGACCUACACCGUGACCCAGGGCGCGACACUGGACCGAAAGUGGGGCGAGCACUUUGAGGUGCCGGCUGCGUCGCUGUCGGCCAUCUUCGUCCUCAUCUCUUUAUGCACCGUCCCGCUUUACGACAGCCUGUUCGUGCCGCUCGUGCGGAAAUUCACCAAGCAUCCCUACGGCCUCAGCUGCUUACAGCGCCUCGGAGUGUCCAUCGUCUGCGCAAUUCUGCUCAUGUGCGUGGCUGCGCUGGUCGAGCGCAAGCGUGUCACUGUCGUCCGCGAUCUGGGCUUCGAGGAUCUGCCUCUGGGCUCGUAUGACCUCCCCAUGAGCAUGUGGUGGCUGCUGCCCCAAUUCAUCCUGGCGGCCCAGGUCGAGAUGUUCUACUACCUCUCCUCCUACCAAUUCUUCUACUACGAGGCCUCGGAUCAGACCCGCAGCAUCGCCAGCUCGUUCACGUACUCCGCCUCCGCCAUGGGCUACUACCUGAGCUCCGUGAUCAACGACCUCGUCAACAGCGCCACCAAGAAUGGCCAGGGAGGUGGAUGGCUGACCGACCAGCUGAACCAUGGAGGCCUAGCGAAGUUCUACUGGCUUCUGGCCAUUCUUCUGGGGGUGGAUUUUGUCUUCUUCCUCAUCGCCGCCAACUGGUACCAGUACAAAUUCGACUGGUUCCACCAGAACACGCCCUCCAACGAUUAGGUGCAAAAGUGAAUUGGUCAACUCGCCAUGCGCAUCGAGGUUUUGGUCAUACUCUGGACUCUACAGUCGCAUUGAAGAUCCCAGUCCCCGAGAGUCCAAGCCCCGUCCACGUAAAAGUUCUGCUCAGCCGCUGCUUUUUCCUUCAAUCAUGAAAGUGCUGUAGGCCCACGUUCAUGUGCACGGCCAUGUAAACGGUGGACGGCAGAGUGGGGCCAGAACUUUCUCAGAUCGUAGUCUCGCCCAUCUUAGUUCUUAUCAGUUUUUCUUUUCUGCUCGUUUAUUCUUUCUUUUCUCGAAUUCUCUCGAGUGCAUCCGUUAUUUCUGAAAGAUGCACAUUCUCGAGAGGUCGUAGGCACACCUCGCUCUCGACUGUAGUUGUUAGUUCAGAUUAGGUCUCGUUGAUCAUUGCUGCCUCUGACAUGAUGAAGAAGAUGAAAGCAGAUAGAACAUGAAGAAGAUACAACAUGAAAGCAGCUCCAAGACACUGAGGAUCCUAGAAACGUGUAUUUUCCAUGCCGUCUCAUAACACAACAGUGAAUAUUAAACUCCACUUUGUACAAAAAGUUCCAAGUUUGCAAGAUGAUACGAGUCAAGAUGGCUUUAAUGAUCUCGUGGCAAGACAUGAGGAAGGCGAUAGCAAGGUAGACUUAUUCGUGCAAGAUGCCACCAGGGUAGAUUUAGAGAUGUAGAGCCCCUGACGUGAUUGUCAAAGAUAUUUAUUGUACCACAACUUAUGUAGUUGCCAUGGCCUCCCGAACCUUACCGUUGUCGUGUUCAGUCUCAAGUAGACGAUGAGUGACACUUCAUUCUCAAACUAUCUUUCUGAAGCAAUAGUCUUAGGAUUUUAUCGUUAAAAGCUGAUGAUAUGUUAAUUAGAUCAUAAGCUUUUAGUUACUAAACCAGAAGCGUCAUCAUAGAGAUUUGGUGACACCCAGAGCAAGAUGUACGUGACGCCGUCAUGGUUACGUUAAAACUAAUUCAUCUCAAACAUUCCC